AUGAGUGACAUGGCGGAUCGCAUCGCUGCUGCGAGGAAGGAAGCGGAAACUUUGAAAGAGCGCAUCAAGCAAAAGAAAGAUGCCCUUGCUGAUACUACUCUCAAAGCCGUUGCGGCAGAGUUGGAAGCUUUGCCACGGAUACAGAUGAAAGUUCGCCGCACGCUCAAAGGCCAUUUGGCCAAGAUCUAUGCCAUGCACUGGGCGUCAGAUAAGCGACAUCUAGUCAGUGCGUCUCAAGACGGAAAGCUCAUUGUUUGGGAUGCCUACACGACGAACAAAGUACAUGCGAUUCCCCUUCGAUCAUCUUGGGUCAUGACUUGUGCCUACGCACCUUCAGGCAAUUACGUCGCCUGCGGUGGUCUCGAUAACAUUUGCUCCAUUUACAACCUGAAAACGAAAGAAGGCUCUGUCAAGGUCGCUCGUGAACUGAGUGCACACACCGGUUACCUUUCCUGCUGCAGAUUCAUCAGCGAUCGACAAAUUCUGACUAGUUCCGGUGACAUGUCCUGCAUGCUGUGGGACAUCGACGCCGGCAUGAAGACACUGGAGUUCACCGACCACACCGGGGAUGUAAUGUCCUUGUCCUUGUCGCCCGACAAGAACAUCUUCGUGUCGGGUGCUUGCGACGCCACUGCUAAGGUUUGGGAUAUUCGAACAGGUCGCUGCGUGCAGACCUUCACCGGCCACGAAUCCGACAUCAACGCGGUGCAAUUCUUCCCCAACGGCGACGCGUUCGGUACAGGUUCCGACGAUGCCUCUUGCCGUCUGUUCGACCUCCGAGCUGACCGUGAGCUCAACCAAUACACCCACGACAACAUCUUGUGCGGAAUCACGUCCGUUGCCUUCUCCAUCUCGGGACGCUUACUCUUUGCUGGUUACGAUGACUUCAACUGCAAUGUCUGGGACACACUCAAGGGCGAAAGGGUUGGUGUGCUAGCGGCGCACGAGAACCGCGUUUCUUGCUUGGGAGUGUCAUCGGACGGAAUGGCGUUGUGUACCGGCAGUUGGGACAGUUUGUUGAAGGUAUGUUCCCCGUUACCUGUUCACUGGAACGUUCAUGGACCACUUUGA